UUUAAAGUUAAAAAUGGAGGAACAGUUGCUGCUUCAUGGAACUCUUGAAGUGAAUAUAUAUAGGAUCGAUAAAUUGCAUCAACGCACUAGAUUUAAUUUAUGCGGCAAGGGGAACAAGGAGCCGAGGGGGAAGAAUAUCAAAUCCAAAAUAAAGAGACUAACGGGCUCAUGCACAAGUUUGUUAGGAGGGCAUCUCUACGCAACCAUUGACCUAGACAGGUCAAGAGUAGCUCGAACCAUGAUGAGACGCCAUCCAAAAUGGUUCCAAUCCUUCCACGUCUACACCGCACAUUCAAUCUCCAAAAUCAUAUUCACAGUCAAAGAAGAUGAACCAGUCGGUGCGAAUUUGAUCGGCCGAGCUUAUUUACCUGUAACUGAAGUCAUCACCGGACGGACUAUAGACCGAUGGCUCGAUAUCUUAGAUGAACAAAAGAGACCGAUCCAAGGUGGUUCGCAAAUCCAUGUCCGUGUGAAGUUCAAUAACAUAAAACAGGACGUGAACUGGAACAAAGGUAUCAUAUUACCUUCUUUCAAAGGAGUUCCUAACGUAUUUUUCAACCAAAGAGAAGGUUGCAAGGUUACGCUUUACCAAGACGCUCAUAUUCCCGACGAUUUCCCGGACAUUAAUCUGGGAGGACAAGCGAUUUACAAGCAUCAUCGGUGUUGGGAAGACAUCUUCGAUGCCAUAUGGAAUGCAAAACAUUUGAUAUACAUCACGGGUUGGUCGGUUUACCCUGACAUAACACUGAUCAGGGAUCCUAAACGGUCGAGACCAGGAGGGAACAUGAAGUUAGGAGAGUUGCUGAAGAAGAAAGCCGAAGAAAACGUGACCGUGCUUAUGCUUGUUUGGGACGAUAGAACUUCUAACGAAGCAUUUAAGAGAGACGGCUUGAUGAUGACUCAUGAUCAAGAAACUUACGAUUACUUCAAGAACACGAAAGUGCGUUGCGUUCUCUGUCCGCGGAAUCCGGAUAACGGUGGGAGCAUUGUUCAAGGGUUUGAGGUGGCUGCGAUGUUCACUCACCAUCAGAAAACCGUUGUGGUGGACGCUGAAGUGGACGGAUCGAAAACGAAGAGAAGGAUAGUUAGUUUUCUUGGAGGGAUUGAUCUUUGUGAUGGGAGGUACGAUACUGAGGAGCAUCCUUUGUUCGGUACUUUGAACAAUGUUCAUUCCACUGACUUUCACCAGCCGAACUUUGAUGGCGCAUCGAUUAAAAAAGGCGGUCCACGUGAGCCAUGGCACGAUAUUCACUGCAAGCUCGAUGGUCCUGCGGCGUGGGAUGUUUUGUAUAAUUUUGAGCAGAGAUGGAUGAAACAAGGCAGUGGUAUAAGGUAUCUUAUAUCGAUGGCACGGCUCUCAGAGAUCACGGUUCCGCCAUUGCCAAUUGUGGAAUCAGACAAUGCAGAAGGUUGGACUGUUCAACUUUUCCGGUCGAUAGAUGAUGGUGCGGCUGAAGGGUUCCCAGAGGAUCCACGUGAAGCUUCAAGCGUUAUCACUGGAAAAGACAACGUGAUCGAAAGAAGCAUACAAGACGCUUACAUCAACGCCAUAAGGAGAGCCAAACACUUUAUCUACAUUGAGAACCAAUACUUCCUCGGAAGCUCCUUUGGAUGGAGCUCUAGAGACGUUAAUCUGAACGAGAUCAACGCUUUGCACCUCAUUCCCAAAGAGAUUUCUCUCAAGAUCGUGAGCAAGAUCGAGGCAGGCGAGCGGUUUUCAGUGUAUAUUGUGAUUCCAUUGUGGCCUGAAGGAAAACCUGGAUCUGCAUCGGUUCAAGCAAUACUAGACUGGCAAAGGAGAACAAUGGAGAUGAUGUAUACAGAUAUCAUCAUUGCUCUUCGCAGGAAAGGUUUAGAUGCAAACCCUAGAGACUACCUAUCGUUUUUUUGCCUCGGGAACCGGGAAGUUAACAAGGCGGGUGAGUACUGGCCUCCGGAAAAACCAGAGGCUAAUUCUGAUUACGCAAGAGCUCAAGAAUCUCGUCGGUUCAUGAUCUAUGUCCACUCUAAAAUGAUGAUUGUUGAUGAUGAGUACAUAAUAAUAGGAUCAGCUAAUAUUAACCAGAGGUCAAUGGAUGGAGGCCGAGACUCAGAGAUCGCAAUGGGGGCAUACCAACCUAACCAUUUGCUAUCUACCAAUCAAUUAAUGAGGCCGACAGGCCAAGUCUUUAGCUUUAGGAUAUCACUAUGGCUUGAACAUUUACGGAUUAUAACUAACGUAUUCCAAUUUCCUGAAAGCGAAGAGUGUAUAAGAAUGGUAAAUGCAAAGGCAGACGAGCUAUGGGGACUAUACUCAGCACAAGAGUACCCUCGAGAUGACGAUCUACCAGGGCAUUUGCUUAGUUAUCCGAUUAGCAUCGGUAGCAACGGGGAAGUAACAAGUCUUGCUGGUGCUGAGCUCUUUCCUGAUACUAACGCAAAAGUUUUAGGUGAAAAAUCUAAUUAUCUCCCUCCCAUCCUCACUACGUAGGUGAUGUAAUUUGCAUCGCAUACUAUGAUAAUGUGUACGUAAUUCCGGUUUACAUGUGUUAGCAUUGACUAACCAAUCUUCUGCAUUCUGUUAUGUUAUGUCCACGAUAUAUGAAUGUCGAUGCAACGAU